AUGUCGAUAAUUCCAAGUGUGUUCGGUACAGGACGAAGAACCAGCGCGUUCGAUCCAUUUUCUCUAGACUUAUGGGACCCAUUCCAGAACUUCCAAAUAGCAAGAUCCACCACCGGAACCACCAACGAGACGGUGUCUUUUGCCAAUGCACACAUUGACUGGAAGGAAACACCGGAGGCUCACGUGUUCAAGGCGGAUCUUCCUGGAGUGAAGAAGGAAGAAGUAAAAGUUGAAAUAGAAGAAGAUCGUGUGCUCAAGAUAAGCGGAGAGAGGAAAAUUGAAAAGGAAGACAAGAACGAUACAUGGCAUCGUGUUGAACGUAGUCAGGGAAGUUUCCUCCGCCGUUUCAGGUUGCCGGAAAAUGCAAAGGUUGAUGAUGUGAAAGCUGCUCUGGAAAAUGGUGUGCUUACUGUCACUGUUCCAAAGGAGGAAGUUAAGAAGCCCAACGCAAAACCCAUUCAGAUUACUGGCUAA